CUGCCCCUGCGUUACGUCACUGCCCGGCGACCAGCGUCACCGUUCCGCCGGCCACGUAUCCGCUACGUCACUUCCCGCAGCAUGGCGGCGGGCGGGCGCUGAGGCCGCCAUGGAGCCGGCGCUGCUGGGCCGGCUGCGGCGGCUCCUCCCCGCGGCCCCGCGGCCCGGCUGCGCCCCGCCGCCGUCCCGAGCCGCGCAGACCGGCCGUGCCGGAGCCCCGCCGCCGCGCUCCGACCUCUACGAGGUGCUGGGUGUCCCGUCCACGGCGACGGCGGCGCAGAUCAAGACGGCGUACUACGAGCAGUCGUUCCGGUACCACCCCGACCGCAACGCCGGCAGCGCCGCCGCGGCCGCGCGCUUCGCCGCCGUCAGCGAGGCUUACCGGGUGCUGGGCAGCGCCGCGCUGCGCCGCAAGUACGACCGAGGGCUCCUGAGCGCCCAGGAGCUGCGCGACGCGCCCCGGCCCUCGGGCCGCCCUCCCGCCGCCGCCGCCCCGCCGCCGCCGCCCCGCGCCCCCGCUGCCCGCACGGGGCCCUCCCCGCCGCCCUUCGACUUCGACGCCUUCUACCGCGCGCACUACGGGGAGCAGCUGCAGCGGGAGCAGCUCCUGCGGGCGCGGCGGGAGCAGCUGCGGCUCCGGCGGGAGGAGGCCGCCACGCACGGACGGCUUAGGGCGCUCUCCGAUUUCUCCGUAGGGCUCCUCUUUUUCCUCAGUGUUGUCGUCCUCUACGGCCUCAAGUGAUGCCCAGGCAGCUCCACGGUGUCGCCAGGGCGCUGGGGGUGGCUGACACCCUGUAUCUGCUGUGCAGGCUGUGACAUUUAACUCUGCCAGUGUGACCUUCAGGGAUGGUAUGUGAGCAGCAGGAUUCUUCGGCCCCUCUGCCAGCGUGACCUUGAGACACUCGGUGCCCCUGGCUGGCACAGGAUGUGACCUCUGGAUACCCUCUGUGUGCCCUGGUCCACAGGCCAGGCUGGGCUCUGCUGUGCCCCUUGCAUGACCUUGCAGAGGUGCUGCAGGAGCUCUGCCGGCUCUUUCUUCAUGUGCCCCCUCAAGCAGUGCCACCUGCAGACACAGUGCCUGACAAGUAAACACAGCUCCUGGACUCUGGUCUGGGAUGUGUCCCCACCUUUGGCACAGCUGUGUGACCUCGGUGUGCCCCAGGAGCCUGUUGUGAGCCACAGCAGAGAUUAAAGGCUGUCAGAGCUGGUGUGUGCUGUGUGUGUUCGGGGCUGCUGCACUCACUCAUGCUCAGGUGUGCCUCUGCUGAUCCCACACCUGCCACCUCUGUGCUGUCACACCUCUGAUGUUCCACACUCUGGGGAGUUUUUGGUGUCCAGACCCCUCAGAAUGGCGGGUAUAGAAAUCUUAGAUUCAGACUCGAAACAUGAAACUCGAGCCCAUGGUGGCUCAUGCCCUGCUGAGUGUGUGACAUUGCCUGGAGGUGCAGCUAAAGCACCUUGGUGUCUCAAGUGCUCUGUCCUGUCCAGGGCCUGCCAGGAACUUUACACAAGCCCCCUCCCCCUGAGGCUUUUGGCCGUGUUGCACCUGUGAGCACAGAGCUGUUCUCUGUGUUUUACAGUAUCUCAGCAUCAUUUGCACAAGUGUAUUUGCCUAUUUAAAUACUGAAGUGUUCUAAGAACUAAAGAUUGUGUUUCCCAGAAACUUUUUCUCUCUCCUUGGGUGAAGGUUCACCCGUGCCAUGCUGCUGCUACCUGGAGGGAGAGAAGUUUUGUGGCAGUGGCCAAAGACUGGGUUUGCUGUCAGAGGGGUGAGCAGGAGCCCAACCCUUGCUCCCUCACAACCCAGAUCCUGGCUUGUGUUUCAUCCCAGCACAAGAAUGUUAAAAGUG